AAUGUCAGUGGCUGCUUACUGCAUAUUUUGCUGUAGACAAAUAGGAACUUCUGGCCCAGCCACCAAACACCACCCAUCUUGGAAUAAUAUAAUUAUUUCUUUGGCAUGUAACUGCUUCUUGUCUGCAUGCCACAAUUCUUAAAGUCAGAAGCUGAUGGCAGUGGGUCUAGGGCAAACCUCCUUCAUGCUGAAGAAAACCAAUUAUUCAUGAUAGGAAAAAUUGCAAAAGUAACUGGAUCGCUUAUACUAGGAGGUUUUGUAUUCAUUACAUAUGAAGUUUGGUCCUUAAAGAAGUUACUGCAAAUCGAUACUCAAGCUAUACAUCAAGAAAAGCUUAAAUCCCACGUGUAUAUAUGUACAUCUUCUCUAAAUCGAAAUGAAUAUCAAGGAAUCACAUACCAAGCCAGAAAAGAAAUCCAUAGAGCAGUAAGGAAAAUACUCGAGGCAGAAGCUAAAAUUUUCCGGAGACCUUUUAAUGAACGCUUUAGUACGUUUGAUGGAGAAGAUCAUGAAUGUGCAUUAUGGCUCCUCUUGAAAAGGACUCAGUCAGAAGACAAAGAGGUCCGACUGCAGGCUGUGCAAGAGCUGGCAAAGAACACUCACUGGCAUGAUUAUCAGUAUGGUACAGUUGCCCAAACCUGUGAUCAAAGGACUGCUAUAGGUUUGGCUCGAUCCAAAGAUAUCGACCUUCGCUUUUUCCUGCCUCCACCAUCAUUGCCAAAAAUGAAAAAUGACUGUCUCAUAGAGGAUGAACUUCGUUUGCUCUUAGUUUCUUUACCUCAGUCUGGUCUUGAUCCAUGUGUCAAGUACUUCACAUCUCUUGCUUUACGUGAAAGUAGUCAGACUCUUGCUGCUCAGAGGGGAGGCCUGUGGUGUUUUGGGGGAAAUGGACUUCCAUACUGUGAGACAUUGAGUAAAGUUCCUUCAGAGACAGUAGAACUCUUCUGCCUGCAAGCUUUAGUGCAACAUUCUAAGGUUUCAUCUCACUGUGAUAAAAUUGAAGCUCACGGCGGCCUUCAGCUGCUGCAGAAGAUAUACCAGCUACGUAAAGAUUCUGCAAAAAUACAGAGAAACAUUAUUCGCAUUAUUGGAAAUAUGGCUUUGGAUGAACGUCUUCAUUCAUCCAUAGUACGUGCAGGUUGGGUUUCUGUACUUGCAGAAGUAAUGAAAUCCCCUCAUGUCAUUCAGUCUUCUCACGCGUCCAGAGCUUUGGCUAACCUAGACAGGGACACAGUGCAAGAAAAGUAUCCAGAUGGUGUUUAUGUCUUACAUCCACAAUAUCGUAGCAGUCAGCCCAUCAGAGCAGACAUCCUUUUUGUUCAUGGUCUUUUGGGAGCAGCAUUUAAAACCUGGCGACAGCAAGACAUUGACCAACCUGUGGAUAAAAAGGCUUCAGAAGUGCAAGAGGAAUACAGCCAGUGCUGGCCAAAGACAUGGCUGGCUUCAGACUGUCCCACCCUUAGAAUCAUAUCUGUGGAGUAUGACACCCGUUUGAGUGACUGGAAAGCAAAAUGUCCUGUUGAGCCUCACAGGACGUCUAUUGCCUACAGGAGCAACGAGCUUCUGGAGAAGCUCAGAGCUGCUGGGAUUGGAGAGAGACCCCUGGUGUGGGUGUCACACAGCAUGGGCGGUCUUCUAGUGAAAAAGAUGCUGGUGGAUGCUUCCAAGAAUCCAGAAAUGGAUAAAAUUGUAAACAACACGAGAGGAAUCAUAUUUUAUAGUGUACCUCACCACGGCUCCCAGCUGGCUGAAUAUUCCAUAAGUGCCAGAUAUCUUCUCUUUCCUUCUGUGGAAGUUAAAGAACUCAGCAAGGAUUCUCCUGCCCUUAAAGUGCUGAAUGAUGAGUUCCUGUCUUUUGCCAAAGAUAAGAAAUUUACGGUACUGAGUUUUGCAGAAACCUUGCCAACGCAUAUAGGCAGCAUGUUGAAACUGCAUGUCGUACCUCUGGAGUCAGCAAAGUUGGGUAUUGGAGAACUUAUUCCAGUGGAUGUAAAUCAUCUUAAUAUUUGUAAGCCAAAGAAGAAGGAUGCUUUCCUGUACCAGCGUACAUUGAAGUUCAUUCAAGAUGUUUUAGCCACUGACCUUGGGGAAUGAGGUUUUUCCCAUCCUUGCCUACUUCUCUUUAGUGUAACACAGUAACUUCUCCUAACAGUUGUUAGAGGAUCUGCAAAGAUACUAUGUAUGUCAAUAGUAUCUACUCCUAAAACAACUUUUGGUGCGCCUUGAACUUAAGAGAAGUCCCUAACUUAUUUCUGAAAUCUAUUCAAAACAAAUACAAACUGAAACAUCCUCAUACAAACCUGGCAGAAAGAAAAGGAGUGUUGGCUUAGAGUAAUCAUGAUCUGUUGGCAAACUGUGUGCAGAUUGCUCCAGCAAUCUGGCUGAGAAUGGAUGGAGAUGUCCUUCUGGAGUAACACAGCUAGUGUAUGGGGGAUGCCCAGUGCAUCUCCUCUUAGCCAAGAAAGGUUGCUCUGAAGGUAGGUGGUCUUCAGUAAUGUCUGUACGCAUCUGGGACUGUAAGUCUCAUGAUUUGUGUAAGAAACAAUUGAGAUGGUUAUUUGUUAUGUCAAAGGUGGAAGGAAGCAUGUGAUUGCCUUAAAGCUUUGGUUUACUGUCUGUGUUUAGUAUGACAGAAGUCUCAGAAAAUUCAUGUGUGUGAAGGUAGCAUUUUGGUUAGUGGCCCGAUUAUGGACAUUUUUCUAAUUCGUUGGUUUUUUUUUUUUAAUAGACUUACCCAGGUUUGUUAGCAAAGGCAGCAUCUGUCUUCUGUCUGAAAAAAGAGAUAAAAGCUUCACUAAUUUCGGGAGGUUGUCUUGCAUAAACAACCGUGGUUGAUUUAAUCCAUUUGUAUAAAUGAGAAGAAAAACAAAUUAAGAAAAAAAUCACAAAUGUUUACAUUCUUGUACAUUUCUCUUUGAAUCUUAGGGAAUGACAAGAUUACUUUCUGUAAGAUAGUGUGUAUCAAGUCAGACUGAGUGCAGUUCUGUGCUCGGUCAUUUGCAAGGUACAGAAGGGAGGCCAGGAUGUUCUUCUUGAAAAGCUCCAUAGGAUGUACUGAGUAGGUGUCCCCAGCUCACAUUACUCGUUUAGAUAGAAUAGAAUCAUAGAAUCACCAAGGUUGGAAAAGACCUAAAAGAUCAUGCAGUCCAACCGUUCACCUAUUACCAGAUGAUCUUCAGCUGAUUUAAAAAGAGCACUGAAGAUGCUCUCAUGGGGUAAGACAGCUGCAAACCCCAACAAAGAAGCUGAUGCUUGGAGUUUGGAGCUCAGAUAGAGGGAAAAUUAAAACAGGAAAUAAAAAUUGGGUGAUUAUAUGAUCCCAAUCGAAAUGCAGAGGGUUCCACAGUGCUCAGAGCCCAAGUGCAUUUAUUGGUGUAGAUACAGAGAAAGACAAAAAGGUGUUGUCUUACCAGAGUUUGUUUGUGUUAAGGACACCUUAACAGCACUUAUAAGAAAUACCUAUUUUUAGAAAAAUAAUGGCAGCACUCCGUCACUUUUUUAAAGUCCCAGGUAGUUUGUAAGAGAAGCCCAGUCAAAGUGCCAUUUCUUUCCUACCUUCCUUUCUACUCCCAGCUCUCUCUAAAGACAAACAGGGUAUGAUUAGACUGUAUUUCUGUGGCUGACAGUUUGUUAAGUAAGGCCUGUAUUGAUGACAGGCAGAAGAUAUCUCUUAGCAUCACUUGUAUGAUAUGGAUCUAAUCUUACCAGCCUUAGAAUAAUGGCCCUAAAAGCUACCAGAGAGAUGCAACACAGUCCUUUAUGGGUUUGGUGCAGGUGUCAUAGGCCAUUGCUGCCCUGCUGGGUUCUGAGGCAGCUUUUUCUAUUACAGAGAGAACACUAUGUCUAAAAACACAUUUUUUGGAAGUCGAGUCUUGCUGAAGUUGCAUGAUACAAUUCACAACCCGCAGAACUACAGAGAAUGUGCAGCACUACACUCACAAAAGAGCGUUUUUCCCUGUAAUUGAGAUGUAGGAAAGAACAUUAGAUGGCAGUAUUUCAGGUAGAAAGUGUAACAGAAUUGUCAUAACUUCUGAAGGGGUUUAUCCUGUUUAAACUGUGGUUUAAACUUUAGAGUGUAAAUAUAUUAGAACACUUUGUACUCACAAAGUUGAGAGUAUGUCAAUCCCAUUGCCAGCAGACUACUACUAAUAACUGUUCUUGGUGUGACAAACCUUGUACUGAUUUUAAUGGACUUCUUUGGCAUGAAGGGAUUCAGAUCAUUGAUGUUACACAUUAAUCUUGUUCAGUAAUGCAUCCGUGCUUUGUUACUGGAACUGGAACUCUCAAGACAAUUUUCUCCUUUUUGUUAUUAAAUGUAUACAUGUGUAACCUUUAAAACUAAUGUUUUCAGUUGUGCUUUUUUGGGAAUAUAGUAACUAAAUGUGUUUUUAAAAAUGCAGUAAACAUGCCACAAAAUAUAUUAAAGGUGAUUGACUGUAUAAAGAA